AUGGCUGCUUUACCCAAGAGAAUAAUAAAAGAAACAGAAAGGCUCACAUUGGAUCCAGUUCCUGGAAUCACUGCUAUACCGUCUGAAGAAAAUCUCAGAUACUUUGAAGUUACUAUAGAGGGUCCUUCGUCGUCACCAUACGCAGAUGGAAAUUUCAAGCUAGAAUUAUAUUUACCAGAUGAUUAUCCCAUGUGUGCUCCAAAAGUGAGAUUCUUGACAAAAAUUUACCAUCCAAACAUUGAUAGAUUAGGUAGGAUUUGUUUGGACGUUCUAAAGGACAACUGGAGCCCCGCAUUGCAAAUAAGGACCAUAUUGUUAUCAAUCCAAGCGCUAUUGGGAGCGCCAAAUCCGGAUGAUCCUUUGGCAAAUGAUGUUGCUGAAGAUUGGAAGAAAGACGAGAAGAAAGCGGUAGAGGUGGCGAAGGAGUGGACAAGAAAGUAUGCCAUGCCAGCUGAAUAA